AUGAAUAGAUUAUAUAAUACUACUAUUAAAGUUUAUCCUAAAUCUGAUAAGCUUUAUGAUUUUAUUGUAAAAAAUAUUACACUGGCAGCCAUAUCAAAUUUUAUAUUUUCUUUACCAAAUUCACUUUUUCCUCAACCACAACAACAACAACAACAACAAAAUUCUAGUGAUACUCUAAAUAUUGACGAAAAUAAUAUGUCAUCAUCAAUGAAUGAUACUAAUUUACCUAUAACUGGAAUAUGUUUAAUUUCAAAACCUGGUAAUGUACCAACUGGUUAUCAAUGUAUUCGAAAAGUUUUUGAUGAUCAAUUACGUGAUGCUGAUUUAAUGGCUGAUUCAUUACUUGAACGUAAAGAUCGUUUUGUUUGUAUUACACGUAUAUUUCCAUUAGCUGGUAAUAAAACAUUAGUUUUAGAAGAUGUUAAACUUAUUAAUGAACGUGAAUCACCACCACCAGGUUAUUAUGGAUUACUAGAAACAAUCGAUACACGAGCUAAAGGUACAGCUAAACGUACAAUUUGUGUUAAACUAGCUGAUCGACAAGCUGGUAUGAAAUGUAUAUGUGAUAUUAUAUUUCUUUAUCACUCAAAACGACCACCAGCAUUUUAUACUUUAAUUGGUGAUAUCAAUGGUUUACAAAUGUGUGUUAAAGAAGGUACUGUACCACCUUUUCGAGCACCAUCAUCAUCACAAGCAUCAUCACAUUUGUAUCCAAAUCCAAUGAAUGAUCAAUCAUAUUAUGGACCUCAACAAUCCUAUAAUACAUCAGAAUAUUCAUCUACACAUACAAUUCCAAAAAAAAGUGAUGAAAAAGAUAUACUUGAAGGUAUUCCAUUUUCAAUUAAUCCAAAAUAUUUAAAUGGAAAUCGUAAUGGUGCUAAUAAUUUAUCGGGCUUAGAUUCAUUUCGUAUUCUUUCACCUUAUGAAAUUGAACAAUAUUUUAAUUAUGAUUUUAAUCUUGAACGAUCUUUCAUGUCAUAA